AUGGAGGAUACCGAUGAUGACGUGCCCCUCAUCCUGACCUGGGAUGAUGCGAACAGCGGUCUGUUGAGUGAGGAGACAGAGAGGGGAGACGAGAGAAGGAGAGAAAAUGAUAAGUUCUUUUACACAGCCCUCGAACCCCAGGCGCUGGCAGCAUACUUGUUUGCUCACAACCACCUGUUCUACAUGAUGGAGCUGCUAACAGGACUCCUACUGAUGGUCCUGUCACUCUGUGAGGCUCCCGCUGUACCAUCACUACGCUUGGAUGUUUACGUCCAUGCCACUCUGGAGUUACUGGCUCUGGUUAUGGUGGCGUUUGAACUCUGUAUGAAGCUGCGCUGGCUCGGCUUCCACACAUUCAUCAGACACAAGAGGACCAUGGUGAAGACGUGUGUGUUGKUGCUCCAGUUUGUGGAGGCCAUAGUGGUUCUGAUCCGGCAGACGUCGCACCUGCGUGUGACCAGAGCUCUCAGACCKAUAUUCCUGGUGGAUUGCAGAUACUGUGGUGCCGUGCGAAGAAACCUGCGUCAAAUUUUCCAGUCCCUUCCCCCUUUUAUAGACAUCCUGCUGCUGCUGCUCUUCUUUAUGGUCAUAUUUGCCAUCCUGGGCUUCUGUCUGUUCUCCCCUAAUACUUCUGAUCCGUACUUCAACACUCUGGAGAACAGCAUCGUGAGUCUUUUUGUGCUCGUGACCACCGCAAACUUCCCAGAUGUGAUGAUGCCAGCGUACUCUCGCAACCGCUGGUCCUGUGUCUUCUUCAUCGUCUACCUCUCCAUAGAACUUUACUUCAUCAUGAACUUGCUCCUGGCGGUGGUGUUCGAUACGUUUAACGGUGUUGAGAAGAUGAAGUUUAAAUCUCUGCUGCUUCACAAACGCUCCGCUAUCGACCAUGCCUUCCAACUUCUGGUCAGCAGACAGAGGCCAAUGGGUGUGUCUCUGAAGCAGUUCGAUGGUCUGAUGCGUUUCUAUAGACCUCGUAUGUCAUCCAGAGACCGCUUCCUCACAUACAAGGCCCUCAACACUGCAGGAGCACCCAUGCUCAGCCUGGAUGACUUUUAUAAGUUCUAUGAAGUCAUCGGUCUCAAAUGGAAGGCACGGCGGAGCGGGGAACACUGGUUUGAUGAUCUUCCACACACUACUUUUCUUAUCUUCAAAGGCAUCAAUCUGCUGGUCAAGUCUAAAGCCUUCCAGUAUACCAUGUAUGUGGUGGUGGCCGUUAACGGAGUGUGGAUCUUAGUAGAGACCUACAUGUUGAAUAGUGGAUUCUCCUGGUCCAGAAUGGUUCCCUGGAGCUACAUCGUCUUCCUCACGAUCUAUGGGGUGGAGGUGUUGUUGAAGAUAACAGGCUUGGGGCCGUUGGCCUACUUCAGCUCUGGCUGGAACCUGUUUGACUUCUCUGUGACGGUGUUUGCCUUUCUGGGCUUGAUUGCUCUGGCCUUUGACAUGGAGCCCUUCUACUUCAUUGUGGUGCUCAGACCGCUGCAGCUACUCAGGUUGUUUAAGAUAAAGCAGAGGUAUCGCAACGUGUUGGACACCAUGUUUGAACUCUUCCCAAGGAUGGCAAGUCUGGGGCUGACACUGAUCAUCUUCUACUACUCCUUUGCCAUCGUGGGGAUGGAGUUCUUCGCUGAUGUAGUUUACCCUAACUGCUGCAAUACCAGUACAGUAGCAGAUUCCUACAGGCAGAUCAAUGUAACCAUAGGCAACCGGACGGUGCUGGACGAGGGCUACUACUAUCUCAACAACUUCAACAAUAUCCUUAGCAGCUUUGUGACUCUGUUUGAGCUGACUGUGGUAAACAACUGGUACAUCACCAUGGAAGGAGUGACAUCCAUGACCACUCACUGGAGCCGCCUCUACUUCAUGACCUUCUACAUCGUCACCAUGGUGGUGAUGACCAUCAUCGUUGCCUUCAUCCUGGAUGCGUUUGUGUUCCGUAUGAACUACAGCCGGAAGAACAAAGAACCACUGUUAGACCCUGAGGAUGAGAACGGUAUAGUGUUUGAGAUGUGUGUUUGUGUGUUGUAGAUGAGAACGGUAUAGUGUU